GAUAUUUUUUUUUUCUAAUCAAAGAAUGUCGUACUCGUGAACCACAGACCGAAGUUUUCUGAUAAAUCCGACAUUUUCACGCCCUUGGUUUUUUUUUCGUAUGUGAAUUAUAGUAAAUAUCGUGAAUUCAAGGAAAUUGUGUUUAAGAAAUAACGAAUAAAGACAAAAAAAAAAGAUAAAAUGGCUAGUAACGGAAAAACGAACGACUGUUCAAUUCUAUCUAAACUCGGUCUCAAACCUCUUACAAAAUGUAACCUCGUGAAAUUUUAUGUUCCAAUGGCUGGUGCCGCUUCACAUGCCGCAAUGUCUGUUAGUGUUAUGAAUCCAAGUUUAGCUGCCAGAAUAUCACCAAAGUGGGAUGUGACAAAUGCUGUACUUGUUGCCACUCUUGUUGGGACAGGUACUUACAUUUAUACAAGAAAGCAUAUGCAAAAUGCGCCAACUUGUUCAAGAAUUUGUUACAGCGCAACAGGAGCCGCUCUAUUAAGCUUUGGAUCCGUGUUAGCAUGUGCGAUAUUGCGUUCAAUUACACCUCAAAAUCCCACGACGUGCACAAUUGUGGGACUUGGCACUUCGAUUCUUUUGAUUAAAAUUGGCUCAAACUAUCUUCAACAUGUAGAUGAGAAUGUAAAAUAAAAAUAGAGAUCAUCGAAGUUAUGAUUCAUUUUUUUUUUUUUUAAUUUUUGUUAAUGUCAUACCAAAAACGAGUCACAAAAAAAAGAAAAAAAGAGAAAGAAUUGGUUUUUUUUCUUUCUUUCUUUUUUCUUUUCUUUUUUUAUCGUCAGCUGGUACACAACGUUCUUAUAAGUCUCACAAAUUACGUAAAUGAAAUUUGUUUUUUUUUCAGUUAGUGCUUUACUAAUGAAUUAGUAUAUAUAGAAAAAUGUUGAUGGAUAAUCAAAGUAGAAUUAUUUCAGAUAUAUAUAGAUAUAUAUCAAUGAGAAAUAUAUAGAAUAUUGUGAAAAAGCUCGCGAUUGGCAUCUUUAAUUAUUAUAAUCACAUAUAUAUAAAUAUAUGUGAUGCUAUGUCGUUGGCGCAACACUAAAAUUACAUUCGAAUCACGUGAUAAUAUACGUCAUAUUUUAUAUUAUAUUUUGAGAAAAGUUAUUUUGUCCUUUUCUCAUUAUAACACCUUCUUCGAAAUAAAAUAACACUGAAUUAUUGUUCGAAAAAAAUUUUUUUUUUUAUAUUCCUAAAUCCUUUUGCAUUUUUUUUUUUUUAAAUUAAAUUUGAAUUGAUAGAAAAAUAGAAACAAAUUAAAAUUGGGAAAAUUUCGAUAUUUUUGCGAAAGAAAAAAAAGAAAACCUCGAAAAUAUGAGAAUGUUUAAAAUUUGCGCAUUUAUUGCUUAUUUUUGUUUUUUGUAAAUAAAAUACAGAAAUUUUUCGAAAAUAUUUGUGCAUUCGUAGAAUAAUUGAAAUUUAAAUACUCUUCACAUGACAUUCGCAUAUAUAUAUAUAUAUUUAUCAAUCGCUCUGGCAAAUAUUGCCUCGUUGAAUAAUACAUGAUAAUAAAUAUAUAAUAUAGAAAAACAAAAAUAACACACAGGGGAGGG